AUGGCUACCCCCAGUGUCCUCACUUUUUACGCCGAGGGUAGGGCCAUUGACUUUGAGGUCUGGGUAGACGACCUGCAGCUGUUCUUACAGUGCGAUAGGGCAGACGGCCUCUCUCUCUUUGACCUUACCUCUGGCGCUUCCCCUGCCCCUGCUGCUGACGCUGACGCCACUGUUUGCUCCCAGUGGGCCACGCGCGACGCUGCUGCACGUCUUGCUGUGCGUCGCCACCUCCGUACCUCCGAGCGUGCGCACUUUAGUCAGUACAAGAGUGCUCAGACCUUUCGGUCGGUGCGGCGUCUGCCCCUAGCAGGAGACGCCGCCCUGGCAAGGGCAAGGGGGGCAAGGGAGCUGGAGGAGCGGGCGGUGGAGGUGGAGGUGGAGGCGGUGGGGGUAGUGGGGGUGGCGGUGGGAGUGGAGGUGGGGGUGGGGGGGUCGGUGGCGGCAGUGGAGGCGGAGGCGGCGGCGUCGGUGGCGGUGGGAGCGGAGGUGGCGGAGGAGGCGGCGGUGGAGGCAGCGGCGGAGGCGGCGGCAGUAGCGGAGGCGGCGGAGGCGGUGGGGGUGGCGGUGGAGCUGGUCGCGGGUCUUCGCAGAGGAGUGGCUCCGGUGGUGGCUCGCGCCAGCAGCAGCAGCGCGGUCGUGAGACCCUGUCCCCUCAGCAGCUCUGUGAGUGGUACACUGCACGCUAGCGGGGUGGGGGUUUUGGUCCGUGCACCUACGUCCUGCGCACCGGCGACCGUGCGGGGUGACUGCUACCGCUGUUUCCCGCCCGAUCCGGGCAUUGAGGCUGCUGCCCUAGGUGCUUGCGACGCUGCUGCUCUAGGUGCUAGUGUGUCUGCGUCCUCAGGUACUAGUGAGUCUGCGCUCUCAGGUACUACGUCGGCUUCGGCCUCCCUCACCUUCACCCUUGACUCUGGGGCGUCUCGCUCCUUCUCUCGGGACCGCACCACACUCACGCCGCUCAGUCGGCCGGUUGCGAUGUCUCUGGCUGACCCCUCCGGAGGUCCUGUACUGUCUCGUUUCUCCACAGUCCUCCCGUGUCCAGCGGCUCCCUCUGGCACCCUGUCUGGUCUUUACCUCCCCUCGUUCUCGACGAACCUGGUGAGUGGUGCUGACCUACAGGAUGCAGGUGUCCACCAGUUCACUCCUGCGCGUCACCGAGGGACACACUGUACGGAGGCUAGCACAGGCCGACACCUGGCUACGUUCACCCGUCAGCCGGGGUCGAGCCUGUACACUCUCACCACUGCGUCUCCUCCAGUUGCUGAGUCUGGUAGGGUAGCUGCGUCGGGUCAGGUGUUUGCUGCGACGUCCUGGUCUGGUCCUGAGUCUGCCCCCUGUUCGUGUCGUCUCUUGUCUUACGAGACUCUCCUCUGGCACCACCGCCUUGGCCACCCCUCUCUGCUUCGGCUCAGAGGCAUAGCCUCUCAUCUUCUUGUGUCUGGUCUCCCCCGGUCCCUCCCUCCCCUUCCUCAGGGCCCUGGCCCUGCCUGUGUCCCCUGUGUCGAGGGGCGCCAGCGUGCUGCCCCUCACUCCUCCCAGUUUCCUUCGACAGAGGCCCCGUUGCAGACGCUUCACAUGGACGUGUGGGGCCCAGCCCGCGUCUGUAGACAGAGUCACGAGCGCUACUUCCUGCUCGUUGUUGACGACUACUCGCGUUACACCACACAAAAUGGGAUUGCUGAGCGCCGCAUUGGCAUGGUCAUGGACGUCGCUCGUACGUCUAUGAAGCAUGCGGCUGCCCCCCAUUUUCUGUGGCCGUUUGUGAUGAGUGCGUUUGUCCGCGACUUGUCUGCGGACAAGCUGUCCCCUCGUGCUGCUCCUUGCGUCUUCCUGGGGUUCCCCCCUGACGCGCCUGGGUGGCAGUUCUACCACCCCACCUCUCGCCGUGUUCUGUCCUCCCAGGACGUCACGUUUGACGAGUCGGUCCCCUACUACCGCCUCUUCCCCUACCGCACUCCGUCCCUCCCCCCACCCCCACUCUUCCUUAUACCAGGUCCCCCCCAGGUAGACCCCCUUCCCCCUCAGGGUCUUGCCCCUUCAGGUGUGUCCCACGUAGACGCAGUCGAGCCUGUCGAGGUCACUGUUGACUCUGGUGCUGCUGGGGGUGCUGAGCCUGGGGGUGCUGGACCUAGGGGUACGGAGUCUGGUGGUGCUGAGCCUCGGGGUGCUGCGUCUUGGGGUGCUGAGCCUGGGGGUGCUGAGCUUGGGGGUGCUGCGUCUGGGGGUGCUGAGACUGGGGGUGCUGAGCCUCGAGGUGCUGCGUCUUGGGGUGCUGAGCCUGGGGGUGCUACGCCUGGGGGUGCUGAGCGUGGAGGUGCUCCGCCUGGAGGUUCUCCGGGUGCUUCUUCUCGCCGGGAGCCACUCUCUCCACAGGAGCUGCGCGAGUGGUUUGCCCGGCGCUGGCGCCGUUCUGCUGGUGCUGGAGGUUCUUCGGGUGCUGAGGGUGCUGCGGUCGCGGGUCCCGGAGGUGCUCGUACUGAGAGUACUGGAGCUGCUGGGCCUGCGGGUUCGACUAGAGCUGGUGCUGCUGAGGGUAUUGGUGCUGAGACUACUACUGGCGGUCCUGCUGGGGGUGCUCCUGGUGCUGCUGGAGGUUCUCGAGCUGCUGGAGGUUCUGCUGGGGCGGUUGCUCCUGCUGAGGUUACUGGUGCUGUCCCUGCUGCUUCUGGCGUCGCCACGCGGCCUCGACCGUACUUUUCACAGCUACAGCCUGCCUCCCCUUUGCCUGCUCCUUCUCCCUACGCUGGUCCUACUGGAGGUCUUACUGAGCGUCGUGAGCCUGCGUCUCGUCCUGCGUCGCCUGUUCGUGCUGCUCGCGCUAGUGGUCGCGGUCCUCGCCAGCGUCCUCUUCCUGUCCCUGGCAUGCAACGGAUGUCUCUGCGUCCGUCUACUGCUCCUCUGCGUGCCCCUUUGCCUUCCCCUCCUGAGUCCUCUCUUCCCGCUCUUGCCGACCCUGAGUCGGACUCUCUUCGUGCUGCCACUCCUGCUAUCACGCGUCUCUUUGCUACUGUUUGUGCUCCUGGCACGGACGUCCUUGAGGACAGGCAGGAGGAGUUCCAGUGUCUGGCGGCUGCUUCACCUCAUCUCGUGUCCGUAGUGCUUACCCCUGAGGGAGACCCGGAUGCACUUGACAUCCCGACUCCGCGCUCUUACACGGAGGCGAUAGAGGGUCCCUACUCCUCUCAGUGGCAGGCAGCUAUGGAUGCAGAGAUGGCUUCCUGGAAAUCCACAGGCACCUACGUUGACGGUGUCCGCCCUCCUGGGGCGAACAUCGUCAGUGGCAUGUGGAGCUUCAGGGUGAAGCGGCCGCCGGUUUCUCCACCUGUCUUCGAGGCGCGUUACGUGGCUCGUGGUUUCAGCCAGCGGCAGGGAGUUUACUACUUUCAGACCUUCUCCCCCACCCCGAAGAUGACCACUCUUCGGGUACUGCUGCACGUUGCUGCUCACCGUGACUACGAGCUGCACUCUCUUGACUUCAGCACAGCUUUCUUGCAGGGCAGCCUGCACGAGGAGAUCUGGCUGCGUCGCCCACCUGGCUUCACUGGGUCUUUCCCUCUUGGUACCAAGUGGAGUCUCCGGCGUCCAGUCUACGGUCUCCACCAGGCGCCCUGUGAGUGGCACGACACACUGAGAACUACGCUUACGCCUCUUGGGUUUGCUCCUUCUACUGCCGACCCGUCGCUGUUUCUGCGCACCGACACCUCUCUGCCGCCGUUCUACAUCCUCGUGUACGUCGACGACUUGGUCUUUGCCACAGCUGACACUGCUGGACUCGCCUACGUGAAGUCCGAGCUGCAGAAGAGACACACGUGCACAGACCUGGAGCACAUGGCUGCAGCGAAGAGGGUGUUGCGCUACCUGUGUAAUACGUCGGGCAUGGGGCUAGUGCUUGGAGGGCGGAGUCCAGUGGUCCUCACUGAGCACGCGGACGCUUCUUGGGCUGACGACCAGGCUACGCAGCGGUCGUCACUGGGUUACACCUUCAGCCUUGGUUUCGGCUCUGUUUCGUGGCGGGCUACUCGCUCGUCUUCUGUCCUUGGCUCCAGUUGUGAGGCUGAGAUCUACGCUGGGGCCAUGGCUGCACAGGAGUUUUGCUGGCUCACCUACCUGCUGACUGGCCUUGGAGAGCCGCCUCGUUCUCCUCCAGUCCUGUAUGUAGACAACAAGGCCAUGCUGGCCUUGUGUCGAGAGCAGCGACUGGAGCACAGAACAAAGCACAUUGCUCUCCGCUACUUUCUUGCUUGUGAGCUACUGCAGCGUGGACAGUUGCGGCUUGCGUACGUGGCCUCUGAGGCCAACACUGCUGAUGUCUUUAUCAAUGCACUUGCGCAUUGUGAUCAUCAGCGCUUCUGCACUCAGCUGGGUCUUGUGCCCGUCUUGCCUCACUUGCUCUCCUCUUGA